GGGAGCGCCAGCUGCGGGCGGCCGCGCCGGUGCUGGUUUCCUGGUGGCUGGCGCCGCCUCGGACCCGGCGCGAUGGGCAAGAAGGGCAAGAAGGAGAAGAAGGGCCGCGGUGCGGAGAAGACGGCCGCCAAGAUGGAGAAGAAAGUGUCCAAGCGCUCGCGGAAGGAGGAGGAAGACCUGGAGGCCCUCAUCGCCCACUUCCAGACUCUGGACGCCAGGAAGACCCAGGUCGUGGAGACCCCGUGCCCCCCGCCCUCACCACGGUUGAAUGCCUCUCUCUCUGCUCAUCCUGAGAAAGAUGAAUUGAUCCUGUUCGGAGGUGAAUAUUUCAAUGGCCAAAAAACGUUGCUGUACAACGAGCUCUAUGUCUACAAUACCAGGAAGGACACCUGGACCAAAGUCGACAUCCCCAACCCGCCGCCGCGGCGCUGUGCGCACCAGGCUGUGGUGGUGCCUCAAGGCGGUGGGCAGCUGUGGAUCUUCGGAGGGGAGUUUGCGUCCCCCGACGGGGAGCAGUUCUACCACUAUAAGGAUCUCUGGGUCCUGCACCUGGCCAACAAGACCUGGGAGCCAGUCAGAGCCCCAGGGGGUCCAUCGGGUCGGAGCGGACAUCGGAUGGUUGCCUGGAAGAGGCACCUGAUCCUUUUCGGUGGCUUCCAUGAGAGUGCAAGGGACUACAUCUACUACAACGACGUGUAUGCCUUCAAUCUGGACACCUUCACGUGGAGCAAGCUGUGCCCUUCCGGAACUGGGCCCACGCCCAGGUCAGGCUGCCAGAUGUCCGUCACCCCCCAGGGCGGCAUUGUCGUCUAUGGGGGCUACUCGAAGCAGCGAGUCAAGAAGGACGUGGACCACGGCACCCAGCACUCAGACAUGUUCCUGCUGAAGCCGGAGGACGGGAGAGAAGGGAAGUGGACGUGGGCCCGCAUUCACCCCUCUGGAGUGAAGCCCAGCCCGAGGUCUGGCUUCUCGGUGGCCGUGGCCCCAAAUCAGCAGACGCUGCUCUUCGGGGGGGUGUGUGACGAGGAAGAGGAGGAGCGCCUGGAGGGCGACUUCUUCAAUGACCUGCACUUCUACGACGCCACCAGGAACCGCUGGUUUGCGGGGCAGCUGAAGGGCCCUAAGUCAGAGAAGAGGAAACGGAGGCGGGGCAAGAAGGAGGACCUGGCAGGGCCCUGUGAGCCGGAGAGCCGGGGAGCCAGCGCCCCGCAGCCCCUGGAGGUGGUCAGCGAGGUGGUGACCGAGGACGGCACCGUGGUCACCAUCAAGCAGAUGCUCGCGGCCCCGGGCCCGGUGGGACAGCCCCAGGAGGAGGACGAAGACGGGGACGGGGCCGAGGCAGCCGGCGGGCCUGAGGUCGGGCCCAGCCCACGCUCCCACGCCAUGCUGGCCGUGAAGCAUGGGCUGCUGUACCUCUACGGGGGCAUGUUUGAGGCCGGUGACCGCCAGGUCACCCUCGGGGACCUGUACUGCCUGGACCUGCACAGGAUGGAGGAGUGGAAGGUCCUGGUGGACGUGGAUCCAGGAACUCAGGAGUGGCUGGGGGAGACGGACUCUGACGAGGACAGUGAGGGAGCCGAGAGCGCCGAGGGGUCGGAGGACGACGAGGACAGUGGAGAGGAAGAGGAGGAAGAAGAGCCCCCGCACUCAGAGGUGGCGACAGAGAGAGGACGCGGACAGCAUGCGGCCCGACGCCCCGCGGAAGGGACAUCGCCGGCUCCCUGCGGCGCCAGGUGAAGGCCGCUGGGCCGUGGCCCUCACCACACAGGGCCGUGCUGCACGUGCCUGGGCCGCGACGGAAGCUGAGGAUCCAGUUAAAGGGCCCCACGUGACAGACUGCGGUGCGGCUGAGUCCCCUGGGCGUCUCGGUGUCGUGGAGGUAAAGCUGGACCUGAAGGAGCAGCACAGGUUUAUGGUCUGUGGCAGCCCCGGCACAGCCAGUGUUUCUGCUCUAAUAAAAGCGGCUGAGCUGCG